AUGUUGGCCUUAAGUCGUGUUGGAUUAUCAAGCUCAAGAAGCCUCACCACUAGCUUCUUCAAACCAGUACUUAUUCGUGGAAUUAAAACCAUUCCUCAACCUCCGGGUCAUAUUGUGGGAACUGUCAAUGAUGCUUAUAUUGCCCCAAAGCCAUCCAAGACUCACGGAUCAUAUCACUGGACCUCUGAAAGAUUCGUAUCUGUUGGUUUAGUACCACUUGUAUUGACCCCAUUGUUCACCGGUACUUCAACCUUGCUUGACUCCUCCUUAAGUGCCCUCUUGUUGUACCAUGUUUAUGCAGGAUUCCAAUCGUGUAUCAUUGAUUAUAUCCCAAAGAGAGUGUACGGUAGUAUUCACAACUACGCCAUGUGGUUGUUGACUUUCGGUACAGGUGUUGCCGGGUAUGGUUUAUAUGAAAUUGAAACCAAGGAAGGAGGAAUUGCUUCUGUCAUUUCCAAGGUUUGGAAAGCUUAA